CUCUCCGCUAUUUCUCUUUAUAUAUUUCCACAUUCCACGUGAACCUUCUAGAACUAUAAUAGACUUAUAUUCCAUGGCUCCGCCGCUCGAACACAACGGCGUUUCCACCAGCGGUGACUCUCUGAGAUCUAUUCCGACGCCGUUUCUCACCAAAACCUUCCAACUCGUCGACGAUCACACCAUCGACCAUGUGAUUUCGUGGAACGAUUCUGGAUCGUCCUUCAUCGUCUGGAACACCACCGCUUUCGCCAAGGAUUUGCUUCCUAAAUAUUUCAAGCACAACAACUUCUCCAGCUUCGUUCGCCAACUCAACACUUAUGGAUUCAGAAAAGUUGUACCUGACCGCUGGGAGUUCUCGAACGAGUAUUUCCGAAGAGGCGAGAAGCGGCUCCUCUGCGAAAUACAGCGACGGAAGAUCCUCCCGGCAACGCCGCCGACCCGAGCGACUGCGACUACGACCGCGGCGGUUCUAUCUCCGCUGCCGCUAUCUACGAUUCCGCCGGCGAAGCUGAUCGUGUCGCCGUCGAACUCAGCGGAGGAGCAGGUGAUUUCGUCUAACUCGUCGCCGGCGGAGCUGUUGGAUGAGAACGACCGGCUGAGGAAGGAGAACAUUCUGUUAACGAAGGAAUUGGAGGAGAUGAGAUCGCUCUGCAACAAUAUAUUCAAUCUCAUGUCGAAUUACGCUAACGUUCAAGCGGACGGUGAUUCCGCGGGGGCGGCGGCGCGGUGCUUCGGCGAGGAUGCGGUGGAGGAGAUGAAUCCGAAGCUGUUUGGGGUGGUGAUUGGUACGAAGCGAGCGAGAGAAGAGAAUGAUACGGUUUUGAGUCUGCAUCAGCCGUUCCAUGCGGACGUGAAAUCCGAAGCGUUGGAUUUCGCAAGACGUGGCGAAAAUAAAAAAACGCCGUGGCUAAAUCAAUGUCAUAGAGCAAAUCAGAGAGUGUGUAAUUGACACACGACGUUGUAACAGCAGCUAGGAACACGUUAGGUUAAGCUAGGGGCGUCGCAGAGAAUCAGAGUCCUGAGCACGGAGACGCGCGUGGCAAAUGUACGUCGUUAACCGUUUGGGACUUUUUUCGUAGAAGCUUCUCAGAAGAAAACGAUACUUUCGCGUUCAUUUCCUUUUGAUGUUUCUAUUUUUUAUUUUUUUAAGUUAAGGGCAUAUAUUGGACUUGGCAUGUAUAUUUGCCUUGGAAGGGAAAAAAAUAAUUAUUUCUCUAUCA